CGCGCCCAGCCCACCAGUACCAGCACCCCUCCUCCACUCUGAGCUCAGUCACUUACACGCACACACACUCUCUUUUAACUCUCCUGCUGUGUGCCAGUCCCUCUCUCCCUCUCGACUUCCUCUAAGUGGCCACAGGUCCUCUCUUUUCUCUUGUCCUCUUCACAUCCCUCCACCACUCUCUUUCCAACUCCAGCUGUGAGAACAACCCCGCUCUGUCUGUUUGUCUUCACCUCUACAAGUUAAACGGAUCUCAGGCCGCUACUUUCAAUAACAUUUCACUGAAGACUUAUUCUGGUCCUUCCCUCUUUCCCUCUGGAGAGGCCGGUUGGUGUGCGUCUAGCGUGUGUGCAGCAGCGUGUGGAAGGGCUCUGGUGUCGUGCUCUGCCCCGAGGGAGUCCAUAAAGGUUGUGACUGGAGGAGAAAAGUUUUCAACACAAUGAAUGUUCAGUUGUUGCUCCUGUUGGCCCUGGUUGGCCCUUUCUGCGCCUUAACACAUGCAAGCCCCACAGAGAUCCCUCCACAACCCGAUGAGACCCUUAACACUGUGACAGACAUCAUCCCUGAGACCACCGAUUCUCCAAAAGAGGAACUGACUGUUAUCACUGGUCCUCCUGCAACUGAACCAGCGGCGGCCCCUGAAAAAGUUGCAACAGAAGUUGUCACCGAGCCGGCAACUCCUUUCUUCACUGUUAAUACUGACGUCAUCGAGACGGAAGCCCCUUCUGUUGCUACUACUGCAGCAGCACCAGAACCCCUUAUCACUGACGCUCCGGUAGUGGAGACCGAAGCUGCCACUGAGCCAGCUGAUGUAGAGGAACAGCUUGAGGUGACGGAAGCCGCCCAGACGGUUGGAGGGAUGGGCAUUGAAGACGACACAGAGGAUCUUCACACAGAGGAGGGUCUGAGUUCUGGCCAGGUAGUCGGGAUUGUGAUUGGCGCUCUGUUGGCUGUGGUCAUCCUCAUCGCCGUGGUGAUUGCUGUGGUGAGGAGGAUGGGAAAAUACUCCCCUUGAGGAAAAAGUCUUCCAAGCAGCAAGAGCGCUCAAAGUUCUGGAAAUUCUGAACUACUGAACUGGGACGUCUUUUGCGAUCAUUAAAACAACGAUACCAGAACCAAACCAAUCUAACCAGGACUCUGGACUGUUGCCAAAAAAGAGGGGGAGGGAGGCUUGUGUGUUAAUGUAUGUUAUGUAUGAAUGUGAGACAAGAGGGGUACAAGAGCAAACAUACUCACCCCCCCCCCAUCCCCCCCACCCGCUACCUCCCUGACCCCCACAGGAGCCGCUGAUAUAAAAGGUUAUGUCCUUCCCUACUCCCGUGAAGAUAACAAAACACGUUGACGGCAGGAUGUCACAAAGAAUUUCAGGCCUUUUUAAAUGCAAUUUUUUUUAUU